AUUUUAUUCAAGCGAACGCGUCAUCAUAAGGCUUCGAUAUACUGCAAGGCGUGGACUCCGAUAGACCUCAUGGCAACGGGAGGCAACGACAAAACGGUCAAACUCAUGAAAUUCAAUCCGGAAACGUCGAAUCUCGAGGGUCAAGAAAUGGAAUUGUCCGUGCACGACGGAACGGUGAGAGAUUUGUGCUUUCUAGAAGACACGUCGAGCAAAUCGAGUUUGCUCAUAAGCGGCGGAGCGGGAGGUUGUAAAAUUUACGUCACUGAUUGUGCCACGAGAAGUCCGUACCAAGCUCUCGCGGGUCACGGAGGACACGUAUUAUCAUUGUACAACUGGGACGGAGCCAUGUUCUUAUUCGGAAGUCAAGAUAAAACGGUUCGAUUUUGGAAUUUGAGAGUACGCGGAUGCGUUAACAUGGUUAACAUGGUCACGGCUCCCGGAAACAGGGGUUCACCUGUUGCUGCCGUUUGCGUCGAUCCAUUCGGACGACUCCUGGUAUCCGGACAUGAUGAUUCCUCGUGCGUUUUGUACGAUAUUCGCAGCGGGAGAAACGUUCAAUGUUUCAAACCUCAUUCGUCAAACAUAAGAUCGAUAAGGUUUUCACCGAGCGCUUAUUACCUGCUGACCGGAGGAUAUGAUAACAAACUCGUGUUGACGGAUUUACAAGUUUUUUAUUAUUAUUAUUACUGGGAUUUGACGUUGCUGCUUCCCAGCGUCGUCGUCGCUCAUCACCAAGACAAAGUUAUUUCCGGAAGGUGGCAUCCGGCAGAAUUUUCAUUUUUGAGCACGAGCGCCGACAAGACGUGA